GACACUGUGAUGAUUACCAGCAACAUGGCGGACAAUGAAUCCGUGGAGUGUAUAACGGAGCACGAACGGAUUUUGCAAGAAAUUGAGAGCACCGACACCGCUUGUGUUGGUCCGACACUUCGAUCUGUGUACGAUGACCAGCCUAAUGCCCACAAGAGGUUUAUGGAGAAGCUUGAGGUCAGGAUCCGUAACCAUGACAGAGAGAUAGAGAAGAUGUGUAACUUCCACCACCAGGGGUUUGUGGACGCCAUCACCGAGCUGCUCAAAGUCCGUGCCGACGCAGAGAAACUGAUGGGCCAGGUUACCGACACGAACAGAAGACUACAAGACGCCGGCAGAGAGGUGACAGCCCAAACGGAGGAGGUGAUUCGCUGUCGGAUACAACAGAGGAACAUGACGACCACUGUGGAGAGACUACAGCUGUGUAUACCUGUCCUAGAAAUGUACAGUAAAUUGAAGGAGCAGCUGGAAUCCAAAAGAUACUAUGCUGCGUUGAAGACCAUGGAGCAGCUGGAGAAGGUGUACAUCCCCCGGGUCAGCCGCUACCGCUUCUGUCAGAUCAUGGCUGAGAACCUGCCCAAGCUCAGAGAGGACAUUAAGGACAUCUCCAUGUCCGACCUCAAGGACUUCCUGGAGAGCAUCAGGAAACACUCGGACAAGAUCGGAGAGACCGCCAUGAAACAGGCUCAGCAGCACAGGACGUUUAACAGUGUGGUUCAGAAGCAUGACAGUGGUAUGGGCUACACCAAGCCAGUCUACUCCCUGAACGGCCGGACGCCAACGCAGCACAACGGCCUCGCGGCGGAGGAGGGAGUAGACCAACCAGAGGAGGAGGGAGUAGAGGAGGACCAAUCAGAGGAGGAGGUAUUGACAGCCCAGGACCUGGUGGACUUCUCUCCUGUUUACAGAUGUCUCCACAUCUACACCGUUCUGGGUGACAGAGAGACGUUUGAGAACUACUACAGGAAACAGAGGAAAAAACAGGCCAGGCUGGUGCUGCAGCCCCAGUCUAACAUGCAGGAGACCGUGGAGGGUUACCGGCGGUACUUCAAUCAGAUCGUAGGCUUCUUCCUGGUGGAGGACCACGUUCUGCACUCCACACAGGGACUGUUGACCAGAGCCUUUACUGAUGAACUGUGGAACAUGGCCCUGUCUAAGAUCACUGCCGUGCUCCGCACACACUCGUCGUACUGCAGUGAUCCUGACCUGGUGCUGCAGCUGAAGAACCUCAUUGUCAUAUUUGCAGACACGUUACAGGGUUAUGGCUACCCAGUGAACAGACUGUUUGACCUGCUGUUUGAGAUCAGAGACCAGUACAAUGAAACGCUGCUGAAGAAAUGGGCUCUGGUGUUCAGGGAGAUCUUUGAACUGGACAACUACAGCCCUAUCCCUGUGGAGACUGAAGAAGAGUACAAGUCUGUCGUCAGUAGAUUCCCCUUCCACGACGCAGAAAUUGAAAAGCAAGACUUUCCAAAGAAGCUCCCGAUGUCUCAGUCUGUGCCUCAGAUCUACGUUCAGGUCAAAGAGUUCAUCUACGCCAGUCUGAAGUUCUCCGAGUCGCUGCAUCGCAGCUGGACGGAGAUCGACGACAUGCUCCGUAAAUCCACCAACCUGUUGUUGACGAGGACACUGAGUGGCUGUCUACAGAACCUCAUCAAGAAACCCCAUAUAGGACUAACUGAGUUGGUUCAGAUCAUCAUUAACACAACCCACCUGGAGCAGGCCUGCAAAUACCUGGAGGACUUCAUCACCAACAUCACCAACGUCUCACCUGAGACCGUGCACACCACGCGGCUCUACGGACUUUCCACCUUUAAGGAUGCACGCCAUGCAGCGGAGGGAGAGAUCUACACCAAACUGAACCAGAAGAUAGAUGAGUUUAUCCAGCUGGCAGACUAUGAUUGGAGCAUGCCGGAGUCGGAUGGCCAGGCCAGUGGAUACCUCAUGGACCUCAUCAACUUCCUCCGCAGCACCUUCCAGGUCUUCACACACCUGCCGGGUAAAGUGGCCCAGACAGCCUGUAUGUCAGCGUGUAAGCACUUGUCCACGUCCCUGAUGCAGAUGCUGUUGGACAGCGAGCUGAAACAGAUCAGUAUGGGAGCCGUUCAGCAGUUUAACCUGGACGUCAUACAGUGUGAAUUGUUCGCCAGCUCAGAGCCUGUCCCAGGUUUCCAGGGAGACACUUUACAGCUGGCAUUCAUCGACCUCCGACAGCUGCUGGACCUGUUCAUGGUGUGGGACUGGUCUACGUACCUGGCUGACUACGGACAGCCCACCUCCAAGUACCUUCGGGUCAACCCCUCCACUGCACUAGCACUUUUGGAAAAAAUGAAGGACACCAGUAAGAAGAACAACAUAUUUUCUCAGUUCAGGAAGAAUGACCGAGACAAACAGAAGCUGAUUGAGACGGUGGUGAAACAGCUAAGGAGCCUGGUCAAUGGGAUGUCUCACCACUCCUAGAACACACACACAGAUGGGAUGUCUCACCACUCCUAGAACACACACACAGAUGGGAUGUCUCACCACUCCUAGAACACACACACAGAUGGGAUGUCUCACCACUCCUAGAACACACACACAGAUGGGAUGUCUCACCACUCCUAGAACACACACACAGAUGGGAUGUCUCACCACUCCUAGAACACACACACAGAUGGGAUGUCUCACCACUCCUAGAACACACACACAGAUGGGAUGUCUCACCACUCCUAGAACACACACACAGACGGACAGAGACACACAGACAGACAGAGACACACAGACAGACACACACACAG